GUAGUACCUCCUUAUUUUAAGACGCAUACCGAAGCAAAUUAUACCAGUAGAAAAUUUGACCCUCUAAUUAUUGCGGAUUCUGAUAAACAAUCCAAAUUUUUAGAUGAGCGGAGAAGCAGUGAAAGUCUAUUAAUAAUUGACACUAUUAAAUCUGAAAAUGACGGGUUUGAGGCCAAAAAGGAUAAAUACAAUGUUUCUGUUUAUCCGAAGUCAAUCGAUACGUUGAAUGCAAAUGAAAAUUUUAAGCUGG